AUGUCUGUUGAUGUAUGCAUUUACCAAAAAACUGGAGCGGUUACAAGACAUGUUACCGUCUGUAUGUGUUUAGGAGGAGCAAGGGGAGAGGUGGUGCCCGACGAAUUUCAGGGCAGCACCACUUUUGCUGUACCGGAACUGCUGGGCACAGACGGUGACCUGAGCUACUCUGCGACUACAUCGAGGUCAUCUUCUUCUUCGAGGGAAAAAGCUGCCUCAUUCGCUUCCUAUUCGCAGUCAGCGGCCGAGAUUGCCGCGGCAGAAGAGGCCGGCGAGAACGAGACGAGUUGGGCGGCGCGGAUAGCCGCCGCGGCUCCUGUGGCUCGAGACGCAGUCAUUGACGAUCCUUGCGUCUUCAUCAGCCAGAGCAUCCAAGAGGUGGUCGGAUUGGACGUGACGCGACAGCAAGUGCAUGCGAUGCUGCGCUUGUUCGGCUUUCUCCGGCAAGCCAACAUGGAGGAGCUGGCCACCGUCAAAGAUAUGGUGAGCUCAUCGCCAUAA